GUGUGGCACAUUUGAAAUCGCGGUAAAAGUGGAAUUUGGUGCAAUUUCUUGCGUAACUGAUGACACCUGAGCUGCAAAACAAAUUUAUCCACCCGUGUUUUUGGGAUAACUGGCUGCGUUAUCGGACAGGCGUGUAUUAUAUACCAAUAUGCAAGGGUUUUGUUGAUACUGGGACAACAGGAGAGUGUGAACCAACAACGUUCGUUGCUGCACUGUUGUCGUCCUCUUUAUGGCUUUUGUAUGGCAUCGCAAUAUCUGACACUUCUACAAUUAUUGUCAACUCAAUUGGUGCUUUACUACAGUUCAGUUAUGUAGUAACAUACUACAUAUACGCUAUCAGGAAGUCACAGGUACUGAAGUACAUGGCUGCAUUCAUUGUGGUGUUGCUAUUAACACUUCUGUAUUUAUACUUUGACACAAAUCCAGACAGAAAGAGAUAUCACAUGGGUCUCAUAUGUACAUUCGUGACCAUCAUGUUCUUUGCUGCGCCAUUGGUUACCUUGCUUCUUGGUGUUUCACCCUCAUGGGCGACCACAGCCUGGCUGAGCUCAUACAUGGCGACAACCCUGCACACUACUUCAUCUUCUGCGGCCUUCCACGUCACAGCCACGGGUGCCUUCGCCUGGCCGGUUCACCGCUGACGACCUUGUAUGGGUACGGGGAUAUGGCAGUCGGCCAAAGUGGAGUCCUGGCCGCAUCUUAUGACGCAGUGGCCAACGCCUGUAUGAAAUCCAGACAGACAUGGGUGUUGCAGUGCGUCAUUUGGACCAGCUUCGGCCUUGUGUGCCGGCUACGUCUGUUCCGGAUGCCGCUACACCACCUUCGGCUCUACCUGAAGCUCGGGAUACUGGAAUCUCUCAUUACUCACAACGAAGUUAUCUCACCAUCAUUUCGGUGCCAGCACAAGAACUGACACCACCAGGAGACGUGCCCAUGCAGGAACCAGAUGACCACCAUCUGUCGGAGCAACUCUACUCGCCUCCUCCUCCUACGGACCCGGACACAUCGCCCAUGUCUCCUGUUAUAACAACCAGACUUGCCACAAUGGGCAGAUUGGUGCACGGGGCCCCCAACAGAUUCGACCCCCACGUCUCCUGUCAUGUCGACCCAUUAUCAUCGGGGACACUUCCGUCCGUACAGGAAGCCGCCUCUUUGAGACUUUACGGCCUGUCAAACAACACCUAUGGCCAUUAGCAAUCUACAGGCCACCUCCAUCAAGACCUGUGCAAGAACUUCAAAGGGGGGAAAAGUGUUGCGACUCACCGAUCUUUCAAAGUGCCGCCGUGCAGUUACGCGCGUUCUCUACAUGCGGCGCUGUCUGCCAGCCAUACAGCAGCAGCAGCGCCACCUAAGCGGUCAGCCAGCCAGUGGCCGCUAGACUUGGACUCAGUUAUGAUUUGACUGUUAAAGUGUACACACGUCUUACUCUGUUUACUUGAUCUGUGACUUUCAUGUAUUGCGUCUUCCUUGAAAUAUAUUUGUUCAACUUGAAAUUAUAACACCAAGCACACUCAGUAGUACAGUUUGUUUAAUGUCAGACGUACACCUUACACAUUGUUGUAUGAUUCAUUUGUCAUUUCUUGUCGACCACUAUUAAAUUAUGGUGCUUACAGCGCCAUCUAUUGUUGCAUUUUGUAGCUAUUAAUUUUUCUUCUGUCAUACGUUUCCCCCCUUCUCUGAUAAUAUUUGACAUCAUUCUUUCCAAUGGUGUUAUUUCUACAGCAGUUUGGAAGAUUAACUUUAAUUAUAAUCACCCUGUAUUUUGCAAUCUGUCACAUUAGUGUGAAAGUUUUGUGUUUGGUGAAAGUAUUAUUCAGCUGAACUUACACUGGGACAUUUGUCCCUUUAUUUGUGUUCUAUAAACUGUGUUGCACUGUUUGAUGAACAUGUUUCAUCACAUGAUCAU